ACUUAGCCCAUUAAAAUUGAGAGUUGAGCUCAGGGGGAGUUAGGUAGUUGAAACUGUUGAAACCUUGAAAUUGAAAAUGGAAAGUGACAAUUUUUUUGGUCGGUAUUUUAUCAUUACCAUUACCAUUAUUGUCAACAAAACCUGUUUAUUAUUAUUUUUUUUUUUUUUGCCUAUCAAAUUAAUGUCCAUAAUAAUUUUUUUUAGUAGUCAAGUUGCUUGUUCGACUUGUUAAUGCCGCCCUCCUCGUUAUUGUUCCUUUUGUAUUCUCUGGGUUUCUUCAAAAUUCUUAAUUUAAAAAAUUUAUCAUCUAAUCUGCCGAUUUCAGUUUCUGGGUCUUUUUUAUUUCUCUUAAAAACAACUUCCUUUUUUUUUUUUGUGAGCUAUGGAGAUUUAGUGAAAAUUGUUCUUUGGAUUUGGAGGUAAAAGUAAAAAAUGAGAGCAAUUCCUGGAAGUCCAGGGACUUUGACUAGCCUAUUUUUGAGGAUUAUGCAGUGUGUUUUUGCAGCUGGUUCAAUUGCUUCCAUGUCUACAACUUCGAACUUCUUCAAUUUCACUGCUUUCUGCUACCUUAUUGCUUCAAUGGGAUUGCAAGUUGUGUGGAGCUUUGCACUUGCGAUAUUAGACGGAAUUGCCUUGGUGAAAAAGAAGGUCCUCCAUAAUCCAGUUUUAGUCAGCCUUUACGUUGUCGGAGAUUGGGUGACCGCGUUGUUGUCUUUGGCUGCCGCAUCUUCCUCGGGCGGCAUUGCCGUAUUAUAUUUCAAUGACUUGGGAAGUUGUGGACUCGGAGAAGAGUGCCAAAAAUAUCAAUUGGCAGUUGCCUUAGCUUUCCUUGGUUGGGUGGCAGUUUCGAUAUCAUUCUUAAUCAUGCUAUGGCUAUUUGCGGCAGGUUAAACCGGUUGUUGUACAGGCUCUCGGUCUUCUUCCACGCUCCAAGAAACUGUUAGUCUUAGAAAUUUUGAUUGUUUAUACCAUCCAUAGAAAAAGAAAAGGGGUUGAUUGUAGUUAUACUCAAGCAGCAUUAUUUUAUUCCCUUAUUGGUAUCAUUUUUUGUUUCUGGUCUGGUAAAUGAAAACAUCAAAUUUGUGGAUUUGGAAAGUAAAUAGAUAGGGGAAGUUUCCUCCUUUACAUGCAA